AACACACACUUAAUAGACGCCGACCAACAUGGAAUUCAAGUGUUGUUUUUUUUGUAAAGCGAAGAGGGUACUUCUUCGUUGACUUGUUCCCCUUAUUUGAACUUGGAUAUUACUUGCUGUCCCUCAAAACUACGUCAAACCAAGAAGUAAUAUUAGGGAAGCCUCGGUGGUUUGCGGAAACAUUCAGCAACAGAAACAGAAGCAGAGCUGCAGCCUGAAUUAUUCACAAUUCUUCUUCCCGAAUCUCGCUAUCUACUUCAAAUAUUAUAAUCAAGAUGGAAGCGCAUUUCAGAAUCUGCUUCUUAUUUGUAGUAUUUGGAUUUUUGGGUGUGAAUGCUCAAGUCUGCGACAUCAGUGCUCUUUCAAUAGACCCAAUGCUCUUGAUUGAUGGUGUUACACCGGUGGGUCCUUACAGUGCUUACACACUGAUCUUCUUCACGUGUACGUCAACAUACAUGUCCAAUCUGCCUGAAUUCAACAUGUGUCAGGGGUCAGAUACGUGGAUGACAUCGCCCGAGGACUAUACUUGUUCAGCUCCAUGCUCUGCCGAUGAAUGGAGCAGUUUUACAGCGACAGUCACUUCAGGACAAUACAUCACCACAGACAAUGCAUACGAGCAUAACACGGUGAUUAGUCUCUCUUGUGCUGAGGGAUCUAUCGAGGGUAGUGAUAUAAUCACGUGUCAAGAUGGUAGCUGGAUUCCAUCCAGACAGUCUAUACGAUGCAACUUAUGUGGGACAACAGGACUCUCAUUAGCUCCAAUGCUUCUCAUAGAUGACGUCAUCCCAGCGCCAUCUUACCCAAUCUUCGAUCUGAUCAGCGUAUCAUGCCAAACUACUUACAUGUCGAAGUUUGGUAAUUUCAACAUGUGCUUAGAAUCAGGCUGGAUAACACCACUACAAGAUUAUGAAUGUCUAGCACCAUGUGAUCCGGGAACAUGGAGCAGUGUGGAUGCAUCUGUGAUCAUCGGCCAAUACUUUGCUAGCAAUAAUGUGUAUGAACACAACACCAUCUUGGAAUUUUCCUGCUCUGCUGGGAGUCUAGAAGGACCAGCUAUCACUGCGUGUCAGAAUGGAGCAUGGAGUCCGGCUACAGAUUCAGUGCAAUGCAAACAACCAUGCGAUUCCCGGAGUUUGCUGAGCCGACAGGAACUUACUAUCACGGUGAUGCUGUUGACUUUACCUGUCUGUACUCAUCUGAUACACUUCCACCAACUACUUGUCUAGAUGGUGUGUGGGCCCCUGCCAUUACAUGUUCAGAUCCACAGCAACUCACGACCACUGAUGGCAACAGUACGGACAAUGCCUGAAAGAUAUUCUUUUAGUAGAAUGGGUAAUUUUGCUCUGAGUCCUCAUAAUAACGUUACAAACUUUCUGAAUUUACAUGAUACAGUCACAAAUCAAAGAGAAGUCAUCCUAUAACAUCCAAUCUUAUAAUUACGUCACUAGAGGGCAGACCAUCAAUACAGAUUGAUAGUAUCUCAGACGAAAGAAAAACAUAAUAUUCGCCAAAAUGAUACGUUCUUAUUGAAUGUUAAUUCAUAUCUAACGUCCGUGCAUGAUGGAAAUGUGAUUGUGACAUGAUUAAAGUCCGAGAGAAUGGGAAUGUAGGCCUACAGUUAUGUUAGGUUAAACUGGCCCAUCUCGAGUUGGAUGUUGGUCGCUCAUUACCCCUUCAAAAACAAUAAGAAAACUUUGCGUU